AUGGGGAAACGAAGUCACAAGAAUGUCGACAGUGCUGAGAGCACAAACAACGGCAGUAGCAAGAGUCACAGCAAAAAUUCCUUAUUACCCAACGACAAGGCUAUUGAUCCAAGCUUAGCAGCCCUCUUUGCUUCAAGUGCUGGUCCUGUAAAAGCACCCCCAAAGGCGCGCUAUGAAGAACCCCCACCUCCUAGAAAGCAGUCAAUUCCCGAAGCUGAAGAUACGUCCGAAGACGAUAAUAGCGAUUCUGGUGACGAGGACGAGGAAUUGAGUAGUGUGGAUGAAGACCUAGAAGAUGGUGGUGCGAUGGUCCUAUCAGAUGAUGAAGACCAGGACUUGAGCGAGAGAUCAGAGGAAGAGCCAAAUCUAGACAGGAUCAUUGAAGCAUCUGCCCCAAAACCGGAUCGAAAACGAAAGAGAAAGGCCGAUGAAGAGGAUUUAGAGGGCAAAUAUAUGCAGAAAUUGGCCAGGGAAGAAGAAAGGGAGGAAGAGGAACGUCAGGCCGAAAGACGGCUUAAGCGCCAACGAACGACAGCAACGGAAGAUGAUAUGAUGUCGGAGGAAGAGGAAGAUGUCGAGGAUAAGAAUAGUUCAGGCAGUGAAGAUGGUUCAGAGGACGAGGCAGUAAAUUCUCAAAAUUCUCUUCCUUCGGAUGUUCCCAUGCACGAGUCCUUGGCACCAAGCAAAGAAACCACCGAGCUUGAGAAAGCAACUCGAACAGUCUUCCUUGCCAAUGUCUCGACAGAAGCCAUUUCAUCAAAAUCCGCCAAGAAGACCCUUAUGACACAUAUGGGCUCGUUCAUCGAAUCAUUAUCCGCGCCACCAGAAGGGAAACCACUUCAUAAAGUUGAAUCUCUACGCUUCCGUUCUACUGCAUAUGCAGGCACAUCUCUACCCAAGAAGGCCGCUUUUGCCAAGAAAGACCUGAUGGCUGCUACGACUAAGAGCACAAAUGCCUAUGUCGUGUACUCAACUGCUUAUGCCGCAAGAGAAGCAGUGAAGCGUCUGAAUGGAACAGUGGUCUUGGACAGACAUCUUAGAGUUGACGGUGUUGCGCAUCCCGCCAAGACCGAUCACCGGCGCUGCGUCUUCGUUGGAAACUUAGGUUUCGUAGAUGACGAGAGCAUGCUUGACCAAGGUGGCGAGAACGAGCGAAAGCGCUCUAAAAACCCAUCCGACAUCGAAGAGGGGUUAUGGAGGCAAUUCAACAAGGCUGGAAAAGUGGAGAGUGUGCGCGUGGUACGGGAUGAGAAGACUCGUGUUGGAAAAGGCUUUGCCUACGUGCAAUUCGAGGAUGCAAAUGCAGUAGAAGCUGCUCUUCUCUUUCACGAGAAGAAGUAUCCACCAAUGCUGCCUCGCGUCCUCCGAGUCGUCCGCGCAAAAGCUGUCCGCAAAACCGCCCUUGCCUCGAGCUCCCGCUCAUCUAAUUUCAAGGCUCCUGGCAAAGACCGAGUUUACAAUCCCAAGAUGCCAGCUGAGCAAUCCUCGUUGCAAGGCCGAGCUGGGAAGCUGUUGGGAAGAGCAGGAGCUGCCCAGUUCAAGAAUAGUAAGGGUAGCGGCGCUAACGACAUGGUACUUGGGAAGCGAGGAGAAGGGAAGGCAAGCGGAAUUGAGGGUAUCUUGAAGACGCCGGAGAAGGUUGUAUUCGAGGGUUACCGAGCGACUUCUGCUAACAAACCAAAAUUGGGCGGGAAAGGGAAGAAAAGUGGAAAGCCGGUAAACAGAGGGGCAAAACGGGCAAGUGCGUGGAAGAAGAAUGGUGGGUCCAAGAAGGCCAAAUGA